CGGUGCAGCUGCUGCGGGUGUCGGUACAUGAGCGGAUCAUUGCUGCUGCUGAAGACUUUCUGCUGCAGGUGGAAAAAGGAGAAGAAACGUCAGAAAUCCCGCUGAGAGCGCUGCUCACCGAGCGGCUAACGGCGGCUGCGGAGGAGAUCGUCGGUCUGUUGGAGGAAACCGUGGCGGAGUACGAAGACAGAGUGGAGAGAUCAGAGCGGGAGAUCUGCCGCCAGAGGAGGCUGCUCGAUGCUGUGCUGAAGCCCGAAGUCAAGCUGCUCAGAGCCGAGUGUCCUGCUGAAGUCCAGAAGCUGUUGAAGACUAAAGAAGAGGUUCUCCCUGAACAGAAGGAGUGGAGCUCCAGUCUGGACCAGCAGGACCCAGAACAUCCACGUAUUAAAGAGGAACAGGAGGAAGUCUGGACCAGUCAGGAGGGACUUGGGCUGGAGGAGGCUGAUAUCACCAAGUGUACAUUCACUCCUGUUCCUGUGAAGAGUGAAGAUGAUGAAGAGAAACCUCAGUCCUCACAGCUUCAUCAAACACUAACUGAGGAGAUGGAAACAGAAGCUGAAGGAGAAGACUGUGGAGGAUCAGAACCAGACAGGAACUCACAUCCAGAUGCACAUUUACAACCAGUUAGUGAUGACAACUCGCCAGAGUCUACGGAAACUGAUGACAGUGAUGAUGAUUGGACAGAAACAAAUGAAGGUCAAUCAGGUUUCGAGGGUCCAAAAAACAGUGAAGCUCCUGAGAAUGACAAUGGAUCUCCAACAAAGGAACGACCCUUUCCUUGCUCGUAUUGUGGUAAAAGAUUUAGUCUUAAGGGAAAUUUGAAUAGACAUAUAAGAGACCACACUGGUGAAAGACCAUUUCCUUGCUCUGGGUGUGAUAAGUCUUUUAAAGAUAGUGGAUCACUAACGGCACACAUGAGGUGUCACACCGGAGAGCAACCGUACAGCUGCUUAUUCUGUGGGAAGAACUUCAGUGGGAGAGGAAACAUGACCAGACACAUGAGAAUCCACACAGGAGAGAAGCCAUACACCUGCUCAGUGUGUAGUAAAAGUUUCCAUGUGAAAGAACACCUUAACAGACACAUGAAGUAUCACACUGGGGAGAAACCGUUCAGUUGUUCUGUGUGUGGUAAAGGUUGUGCCCAGAAAACAGAUUUAAAGAAACACAUGAGAGUCCAUACCGGAGAGAAACCGUACAGCUGUCCGUUCUGUGGCAAGUGCUGCGCUGAAAAAGGAGACUUGACCAAACACAUGAGAGUCCACACCGGAGAAAAACCAUUCAGCUGCAAUAUUUGUGGUAAAAGUUGUGCUCAGAAGGGGAGCUUGAAGAUUCACAUGAGAGUUCACACAGGAGAGAAACCGUUCAGCUGCUCCAUCUGCAGCAAGCGUUUCACUGUGACGGGACAUCUGAAGAGACACAUGAAGCUGCACACAGCCGACAGUCAAGUGACCAAGUCUGCGGAUACAAAUUCAGACAAAGUAAAUAAUGAAGUUGACACUGUUGAACCGGCAAACACAUCAUGAAGUAUUUCACCAGUCAGGAGGAAAGAUGAAUCCGUGAAGUCAGUGACACAUCUGGGCUCAUGUUUAUCACGCCUGGCCUCCCUCAUACAGGGAUGUUCAUUAUCCAACAGUUUUAGAUCAACUGCCAUCAGUGACUUAAGUGAUCAAAAUACAUCAAUUGAUAAUGUGGAAUAUGAGACGUGGGGUGUAACCUCCAGAGAGAGUGCAGUGCUUUGGUGGUGAGGCCUCGUGUAUCCAGAGACAGAUCAGAGUAACAGUUCGGUCCUGUGCUGAAACAUCCGGUCAAAUGAAGAAGAUUGUUCCAGGUAGUCAUGUGAUAGGUUCAGGAAGCAGAAGUUGUUGAUGUUUCAGGUUGCUUUAAACAAUCUAGGUGACGUGUUGUCCAACCACAUGUGAAGUAGGGAUGAGCCCGUGUGUUCAUAGUCAGAAAUUAUGAAGAACAUAAUAGCUGAGUUUAUAAGAAAUGUCCAAAUAUUAAGGUAUGUUAAAGAAAAAGCUGAACAUCUGAACAUACCGACGGUGAACGGGAGACUGCAAACUAAAAAAUAUCACUUGUCUACAAGUUAAUGCUUGUUAAAAAAAGUGUUAAGACAAAGUACUUAUUGACUUUUUACUUGUGAUGCUCUUGUUGCACUCAUGGUAUCGAGCGUAGUUGUUGUUAACUUAACCUUCGUGUCGUCCUCCCGGGUCAAAUUGAUCCCGUCUGUUUUGACUGUUCCUUCUUUCCUUCCUCUCUCUUUCCUCCCUUCCUUCCUUCCUCCCUCCUUCCCUCCUUCUCUCUCUUUCCUCCCUUCCUUCCUUCCUCCCUCCCUGCCUCCUUCUCUUUCUUUCCUCCCCCUACCUUCCUUCCUUCCUUCUUUCCUCAAUCUUUCCUUCUUUCCUUUCCUUC